UGGAGCAAAUGUGACCAAGGUGUAACCGCACUGGUCCAGUGUGCAUUUGUGGAACUUUUCACAUACUGUUAUUUCAUAAUAAAUUAUAUUUUCUACUCGUAGUAACUGUCAUUGCCACAGAUCCAUAUGCAGCUGCUUCAGAUAUCGCCUAGCCUACCACUGCACGAAGAAGCUGUAAUAUAUAGGCCUAUAAACAAUUUCAGCUAAAAAAAGAGUGCAUGGUUCCACUUCUUCCACUACGGGGCAUCGAGGGGUGAGUCUGUUCGCCCAUGUCCAUCGGUUCGCCGUAUUCAGCCAAUGCACAGCCUUUGUUGUGGAUCGGGAGAAUCAUGGCUCAAAAGGUCUCCACAAGAAUAGUUCAAUAGGAUUGUUGUAAAAGUCUAACAACCGAUAUUGUCUGGUCACUAUCAAUGGCAGUACACACACUGGAACUGGAAGUGAAAUAGGGCUGAGCGGCGGAAUAGGCCUGUAAUAUCGUCCUGAGACGGAGAGCUAUAGCACGACAAACAAAUCACCACGACAUGGCCAUUUCUCCUACAUGUUUAUUUGUUCCUCAAUCCAAGAUAUUUCUCGGUAUAUUAUUCUUCCUAUCGGGUGUAUGUUGUUUCUCUCCUGUCCGAGCUGGGCUUGAGAGGAAUGACUUACCAGGCGAGAAGAUGAUGACAUUUUGGAAUGACUGGAUUGAAGAGAACAUUCUUUCAUCUCUCAGGGUUGGUGAGGAUUCUUAUAAAUCAAAAUGUUUCACUGAGAUUGAGCAGAUCUUCGCAGAAGGAGGAGAGAAGCGGAAUACAAUCAUAGAUGCAACGGGCAAGCCAUCCUCGGGGAUCUUACAGGGUAAUCUCGCCUGGUUAGGAGAUUUCAGGCAGUGUAUGGACGCUACAGAUCUUCAUUACUGUCUCCUCAAGUUACCAAUACACGUAGAGGCAUUCAGCACGAGGGUGAGUGGUUCAUUGUCACUUGGCCUCUGCGUUCCUGAAGUAUGUUCAGGAAAGGAUAUCAAUGAUGCCAUUAAAUUAAUUGAGAUUUUAUUAUUUAACGGUACUAAGGAUCAGAUGAUCAACUGCAGUGAUAGACUAAAUCCAUCAAGCGAUUCUGGGUUCAUAUGCACCAUAGUUUUUAUUUCACUGCUGUUUGCACUCUGUCUGGGCGCAACAGCUUAUGAGAGUUAUCGCCAUCACUAUACCAGCAUCUCGGAUGAAGAAAGUAUACCCAUACUUCAACAGCAGUCUUCUUGCAAUAGCAAUGAACAUAGUCACAGAAAGACUGAAAGAGAUUAUUCUAAAGAUCUGUCGACGUGGCGGCGGUGUUUUCUCUGUUUCUCUCUGACUCGUUCUGUAAAUCAAAUCACUAGUACGAUAUCAGCGAAAGAUGACAUUGUGUGUCUUCACGGAAUGAGAGUUAUUAGUAUGUUCUGGAUAAUACUGGGACAUUCAUUCAGUUUCCAACAAAAAUCGCAAGCACUUGCUGAUAUAUUGUGGGUGUACACUGGUCCCGCUAAAUGGUUAACAAGUCAAGUUAUAUACAGUGGUUACGUCGCCUUAGAUACAUUCUUUUUCCUUGGCGGUCUCCUCGUUGCCUAUACAGGGUUCAAAUACAUGGCAAAGUCUGUUGGGAGAGUGAACUGGUUAAUUGCAAUAGUUCAUCGUUAUCUCAGAAUAACACCGGCAAUGGCCGUCAUGAUUCUCUUAUACACGUUUGUGUACCCGUAUCUUGGUGAGGGACCUUUCUGGCAUUUACGAGUCCAAGAUACCCAAGAAUGUUACGAUUGGUGGUGGACCAACUUUCUCUAUAUCAACAAUUUCGUGCCAUCGAAUACAUCCUCAGGGUGCUUAUCCUGGUCAUGGUAUCUUGCCACGGACAUGCAGUUGUUUCUGCUUGCGAUCAUCAUCAUCGUUCUCAUCUGGUGGUUUCCAGUUAUUGGCAUCUUUGUAUUAUGUCUUCUGACAACCAUCAGUAUUAUCAUACGUGCUGUUCUGUUCUCUGUGAGGGACUAUCAAGCUACUCAAUUUGUCAAUGCACUGGUCGGUCGGGGUGACAAUCCUAUGUUCAUCUUCUCUGUAAAGCCUUACGCUAAUGCCACGCCAUACUUGAUCGGUAUUGCCAUGGGAUAUAUUCUACAUAGACUAAAGAACAAAAGAGUUCCAAGAUUGCAUGUGAUCAUAGUUAUACUUGGUUGGUUGACAUCCUUUGCCAUUGGGAUGUCCCUGGUUUAUGGUCUGUAUAGUAUUUAUGAUCACCCAGGGAUGGAGUUCGUACCUCUGGACAAGUCUCUUAAUAUUCUGUAUGGCAGCAUUGGCAAACUUGCCUGGACUUUGGCUAUGUCCUGGGUAGUCUUCUCCUGUCAUCAUGGCUACGGAGGUGUGAUAAAUCGAUUUCUUUCCUGGAGAUUGUGGAUCCCUUUGUCUCGAUUGACGUUCUGUGCGUAUCUACUACAUCCUGCUAUUAUUUAUCUCUUUACUGGAACCGUUGCAAUGAGCUACAAUGUAACCGUCAUUCAUCAGAGUUUUCUUUUCGCUGGUUUCGUCACGAUCAGCUACUCCGCAGCUUCCAUCCUUUCUUCGUUGAUAGAAAUGCCAAUAGGAAGUCUUCAAAAAAUGUUCCUAAAGAGAUAAUUCAUACUUUUAAUUUUGAGUGCCUCACUAUAACCUCAUAUCAUGAUUAACAUCAUUAUAUUCAAUUUAUUUAAAGAAUAUUAAACAAUCUUAAAAGAGAAUGGAAGAGCUAACUGAAAUUUAUGAGAGCAAUUUAUAAAAAAAACAACCAAUUAAAGGGGAAUCCAACCCAAAUGAAAACUUGUUUUUAUAAGGAAAAGA